GAUUUCAUUUCUUCCCUCCUUUUUAUUUUUCGGCGAAAAGAAUAGCGGGGCGGGAACACGGGGUGCAGCAACAGAGGGACGGUUGCUUCUUUUUCUUUCUUCUUCUUUCCUUUUGCACGGAGUGCAGCAAUCGUGCUUCACUUGAUGAGCACGACGACGACACGAAGGGGCGAUCACUUGUUCUUCAUCGGAGAGAUGAUGGGUGAGGGCGGGACGUCGAGGAUGGUUGACUUGCGGAUGGCGCAGGAUCUUAGAUCCAAGCCGAGACGGGGGCAGCGGAGCGUGCCAAAAGAUAUGGAUGCACGGUGGUUUCCAGGCAUAGGGGACUGGACCAGCUUUACUGUGGAGGAGCUGAGACAGGUGGAGACCCUGGUUGAUCGUCUGAUCAAGCUGGAUUUUGAUGAUCCAGGCAAGCUGCAGUGCACGGCGGUGGUGCGGCACGACGGGACGGUGUGUGAUGAUUUCCCUCGGAAGGGAGAGGAGGAGCUCAGGUAUUGUCGCCUGUGGAGACGAGAUGAGGAAGCCCGGUGGGCAUUUCACCAGUUGGGUGCACUGGUUAUGAGAACACUUUCGCGCGAGACGGUUGGAGCACAAAGUGGUGACUGUCAGUAUCACUCUUGGACUGUGAUGCGCCUCAGGACCCCCGGGGACUGGGACAAAUCAGCCGACGUGGAGCUGUUUGUAGAUGAGCGCAAUGGGCACAGCGUGUCGCUUGCCUUUGUCGAGAGUACCACUCAUGAGGAAGAUGGGGACCAUGGUCGGCUCGUGGUCGUGGCCGCCUUCACGAUGUCAGGUGGCACGCAGGGUGCUACCUUUCAACCGGUUGAUGUGAAGGAGCAGUGGGCUACCUUUUACAGGUACUUCGGGAAGAAUGACCGUGGCGUGGAGGAGGAGCUACGACGUUUCGGUUCGCGUUCCUGGGGAACCAAGACAGCAUAGCGCAGACAGGCUGGAUGAUGCGCGCGUGGGAUGCACGAGACACGAGGUGAGGAUGACCACAGGACACUGGUGGAACUGGAGGAUGCAGGACUUAGACGGGGUGCACCCGUACGUAGCAGAUCAGGAUGAGGAUAACAGAGUACCUUUCUUAU